AUGGAGAUUGAAGCGCCCACGUUCAACGCACUCGACAAGCCCCAGAGGCGCGCAUUCAUCUUGCGGGAUCAGCUGCGCUUCCUCGAUCCCCAACAUCUCAAUGAAUUCCUUAGCAAUGUUAGCAACGACGAACCACCUACAUACACAAAGGUAAACGGCUUGAUUAAACCUCCUCUUACAUUGGUCACACUCAAAGAAGAGGCUAAGCGGUUUGAUCUUGGCAAUGUCUAUCUACCGGAAAAUGACAACAAUGUAUACCGAGUGCACUUGGUGGUGGAAAAUAGGCAGAUACAGCUACGUGCUGAAGACCCCUUACCAUUGGAUGAAGACGUCCUAGAUUCAUGUCCGAUUCAUGGCUUCAUUGCCAGGGGUAUGGUGCCGCUUUUCAAGGAAAAAUUCCAGUCGAUUUACGCAAGAAAGCAUCGAUUGAAUGAGGCUAGGCGGGCUGCAUAUAAAAUGGUCAAUCAGCCACCGACAUUGUCCCACGAAGGAGAGUCUCUACUAAGGCUUCAUCCAAACGCUGAACAGGGCUCUGUAGCUUCCAAUCCAAAGAGGAUGAAAAAGCGUGAGCGAAACGAGCCGGUUGUUCCGCACGUCUCCAACAAGCGUAAUCAGAUUGGUUUCAAUACCAUUCCAGAAGAAGCAAAGAGCAGAACGUUUGACACGAUUCCGAACCAUGUCAAGAUUGGCCUGUUCAACUCCAUUGCUAAGACGGCGUUUCCGAACUUUGACAACCUGAUGACAGCUGGGUGGAAUAUCGUAUCUAUCUACUCUGCCUGUGGCAGCGAGUUUCCUGACUUGCAUAGUGCCAUCGUUGUCCUAAAGAAUGUACUCCAAGACUUUGACGAGGCAUUUGGCAGGCGUGGUGAUCGCACGACGCCUGGCUAUAGAUACGAUUUUGGAGGACCCUCGCGGGCUGGUCCCAGUACAGAUCGUGACGGGCAUGACCGGGAAGUUCGAUCGGUACCUCCUCCUAUGCCUACUUCGGCGGCUUCACAAGACCAGAUCGCGCAAUCCUUCGACCAAGCGACUAUCAAGCUACAGGAUGAUCCCGAGGCACCAGUGGAAGAUCUUGCGCACGUUGAGCACGAGGAAUACCACAGGGUAGAGCAGGAAACAGAAGAAAAUGCUGGUCAGAAAAUUGAUCAGGAGGCCGAGCAGGAGGUACAUCAAGAGGAGGAUCAGGAGGCAUCGCCUGAAUCUGCCCCCGUCCUACAGUUGGCGGAGCUUCAUCAAGAUCAGAUCGAGGAUGACGACAGCGGCUCAGGAGACGACGAGAUACCGGCAUUCGAUCCUCGGUUGAGCGGAAUAAAGACCAGUGAUGAGGAUUCUCGUCUGUUUCGUCCUCAGUACAUACCUGAGACUGGCACGGGUGGUAGUCCUCUACGGUCGGUUCACUCUUCAUCUGAUGGGCAGUACGCGAAUGCCCAACGCGAUGGUAUCCAGAAUACACGCCAGGAGGUUGUAGAGACAGACCCAAAUGUCCGGGCUAAGAGCAUACCGCAAGCGACAACCUCAGCACUUGUUCGUCACCGCGAGGGAAAUAUCUCAACUGUCAGCAAGACCAACGCAAAUCCCGAACUUCAUAACGCCAGCAUAAUCAGAUCUUCGCUCAUAGAACCAGCACAUGUGGAAUCGGAAUGUGAUCAAUCCAGUCGGUCCCAACUCCAACAUAGACCUAAUCGGACCUUUUCUGCAACUCCAACGCCUUCGUCCGCGUCUACACCUACGCCUACGUCAAGAAAUCAAAAGAGGGCCCAUAUUCGAGAACUGAGCAUCGGGGCUCUUGAGGAAAAGAUCCGAGAGCGCACAGAAAAGCUCAUCAAGGUCUUCGGUAGCGUGGAAAACGCGCCAGAUCCACACAAGGACCACCUCCAGAAACUCGAAGACGCCAGACAGCUAAAAUUACAAGAAGAAUCUGAUAGGAAGGCUGAGGCAGACAACGAAAAUGACCAAGGAGGUAGUCAUACGGUGGCAGAGCUGAGGCGUAUGUUCGCUCCAGCUAACCACGGCAUGUUUGGUAAGUAUCUGGGCAAUUCCUCCGUACAUGGGGUCCAGAGGACUGGGGGUAUCGCGCCUGUAGCACCCAUGUAUCCAAAUGCGGCGAGGGACCCGAGGGAUGCGAUGAGUGGGGUUGGGAGGCCGGGUGGUACGCCUCCUAGUGGUGUGUCUCCAAGUGGAUGGAGGGGAUAUUGA